CAAGAUAUCCAGGCGCAGAUUGAUGACACCGUCGGGAUCAUGCACGAGAACAUAACCAAGGUUGCUGAACGUGGUGAACGUCUGGACGCGCUGCAGGACAAGACCGACACCCUCGCCGCCUCCGCCCAAGGUUUCCGCCGUGGCGCCAACCGCGUCCGCAAGCAAAUGUGGUGGAAGGACAUGCGAAUGCGGAUUGCUAUCGGUGUGGGAAUUGCCAUCUUGCUGAUAGUCAUCAUCGUGCCAAUCGUGCAGCAGUAA